GACAGUUCCGCAGAGCAGAGAGAACAGAGGCAAAACCCUUCCGUGGCUGGCUUGACGGGCGGCGGCGGCGGCGGCGAUGCGGUUCACGGCGUCUCCGGUGGUGGAGCUGCCGGUGGGCGGCGCGGUGCUGAGCUUCGAGCAGGACAACGACUCCUUCGAGGUGGGCACCUCGGUCUGGAACUCGUCGCUCGUCCUCGUCAAGUUCGCCGAGCGCUGCCUCGGCGACGCGGCGCUGCCCUUCGCCGACGCGCUCCGCUUCGCGGGCGCCCGCGCCAUCGAGCUCGGCGCCGGGUGCGGGCCCGCCGGCAUGGGGCUCUCCCGCCUCGGCCUCGCCGACCUCGUGCUCACCGACACCGCCGCCGUCCUCCCGGCCCUCCGCCGGAACCUCCGCCGCAACCGCCGCCACCUCCCGCGCGCGCCCCGCCUCGCCCAGCUCCAUUGGAACUGCCCCGCGCACCUCGCCCAGCUCGCCGCCCCGCGCCGCUACGACCUCGUCGUCGCCGCCGACGUCGUCUACGUCCAGGAGUCCGUGCCCCACCUCGUCGCGGCCAUGGACGCGCUCGCCGACGCCGAGCGCGGCGUGGUGCUCCUCGGGUACCAGAUCCGGUCCCCCGAGGCGCACCAGGCCUUCUGGGACGCCGUGCCCGCCGCCUUCCCCGUGAUCGAGAAGGUGCCCCGGGAGCACCUCGACCCGGAGUAUGCCUUCGAGGAAUCCGAUGUGUUCGUGCUCCGCAGGAGGCCGCGGCAGUGAGAUUUGUUCUUGUUGCCAGGCAUUUGCAUAGCAGUUGAAGCCAUGACUGGAUUCAAGGGGGUGAAUUGUCCCUCAUGGACGUACCAUUGAAGCUUGUGAUUCCAAGUGAUUUGCGCAUGGGCUUGUGUCCAGCCUGAAGUCUCUUGCUUGGGUGAUGCCUCCGGGAGCUGUACGAUGAAGAGACAUCAGAUGAUUAAACAGUUUAUGCUCUGCUCAUAUUUGUCGCAUUUUGUAGGGAGUUAGACCUGAGGAUGUACAGUCUUGACUUAACUGGCCCUUCCUGAAAAUGAUGGAAUGUAGUAGCUUGGGCUCCAGUUGUCCACCUAAAACACGGUCCAAAAGGCCGAAACUUGUGAAAUGUUAUAUUGAUCUGAUAGUAAGUCUUGUAGAUACAAUAUAUACUCUCUCCAUUUCAAAUUACAUUGCACAUCA